UAUGCACAUCGAGCUAGGACAUGUUAAAAGCGUGAACGCAUGGUCCAGAUCGAGCGUCGCAGGCAGUUGCGCAUGGAAGAGCAAAGAGUGGACAUACUGCUGUUGCGGCUACGAGCACGGAGCGAUUCAGCAUUCUGGAAAGUUUUGGCUCAAGCCUCCUUCGGUCCGCCUCGGGAGCCGCUCUGCGCCGCGGGGCCGCGGAGAAUGUGGGCGCCUGAGGCGGGCGAGGCCGCCCUGGAGGCCGCGGCGUCGAACGACGCGGCCCUCCUGGCCAGGUUCGAGGAGGGCGUCUUCGGGGCGGCCCCAUCCUUUCACACCUCAGCGCCCUCGGCGCCUCCCACGAAGGCCUCUGGCGCCCUCUCCGACGUGGCCCACCUGCGGCGCAAGCGGCAGGCGGAGGAGCACGUUGCCGGCAUCGCCUCCGAGCCCAUGAACCGCCGGCACAGCAAGAGGCAGGCGGCGGAGCAGCGGGAGCUGCGGCGCACGAUCGUCAGGCCUGGGCCGGUUACGGUCCUGGAGCCCAGGAACCCGUCGUGGUCCUCGUCCCCCGCCACCGCGGGCGCCGGCGACGCCAGCGGGCCGCCGUCGGGCGGACCAGGGGCGGGCGCCGCGGCGACGGCGGCGGCCGCGGCCGCGGAGACCAAGGUGGCGCGGUCGGGCGCCGCCCAGGGCGCGGUCGCGUCGGCGAAGCAGUUGGCCGCGAUCACCAGCGUGUGCAUGGUCUGCCUCCGCGGCUUCACGUCCGAUGCCAGGCUCCGGAGGCACGAGGAGCUUUCGGAGCUCCACCGGCUGAGCGUGGCGAGGCUGCGCGAGAGCAGCGUGGCGCGGCCGGCGCCUGUCGUCGUGAGCUGACCUCUGGCGCCGCCCGCGCGCUGUGCGCCGGUCGCCCCUGGCGCGGCGCAGCGGGCCAGGGCAGCGAUGCCAGCGACUCCUCGGCGGCCCUCGGCGGCCCUCGGCAGUCCCCGGCGGCCCUUCGCAGCCUUGGCGGCCCUCGGCGGGGCCAUCGUGGCCGCGGCGCGGCGCUGGUGGACACCUGCGACUCGGGGCGCGGGAAGGCGACUGGGGGCGCGGCGCGGCGACGACCCCUGAGAUCCAAUCCAGGAUCCGGCGCGGCGGGCCGGAGCAACGAUGCUUUUCCCCCCGAGGCGGGCCGGGGAGAAACAAAAACAUGUUGGACAGUUUCAG